UUGAUUGGAAGGCGGCAAAGGCUUUAAUCUCGGACUAAUUCAGCUGCUUUUGAAGUGAACAUUUCUACCAGUUCGUACUUCGGAAGUACAGAGCGAGGACCUGCAGACAGACGCACUGAAGGCGCAGCGCUCAUGGUGCAAGGCUCAGCCACGGAUCUGCGAUAACCUCGCACUGUCUCCUUCCAGCUGCCGCCUCCUUGCUUCUUUACUACCAGGAUUACUUAUUAUUGAACCGUUUUACGAUUCCUUUAUCCCCGAGAGAGAGGCUCGAUGAUUUUUUGAUUUUCUUAAUGUAUCUGACGAAAGCAUCGCCGUUUCAUUUCCUGACAAUUGGGACAUGAUCACGUCGCCCUCGGCGUCUUUCCAGAAAAAUAGUGAUAUUUGUGUAGCCUGGGAAAGAAGCAGUUCUCGGAAUAGAAGCUCAGCGAGCAUCACCAAGCCCUUUCUCCACUCCGCACCCCCGUCUCAUCCACUACGGCAAGCUAACCGACUUCCCAUCAAGGUUUUGAAAAUGCUUACCGCACGCUCGGGACACAUUUUGCACCCGGAGUAUCUGCAGCCUUUGCCUUCUACCCCGAUUAGUCCUAUAGAGCUUGAUGCCAAGAAAAGUCCGUUGGCUCUGCUGGCGCAGACCUGCUCUCAGAUCGGCAAACCGGACCCACCACCCUCCUCCAAAUUAUCCUCCGUAACAUCAAAUGGAUCUAGUGAGAAGGAAUCUAAAUCUGGUCCUUUGAAAAUGAGUGACAUCGGCGUGGAUGACAAAUCUAGCUUCAAACCUUAUUCCAAGCCUUCAGAUAAGAAGGACUCGUCUUCGGGCGUCUCAAGCGGAGAGAAGUCUGGUUUCCGAGUGCCGAGCGCCACCUGCCAGCCGUUUACGCCGCGGACAGGCAGCCCCAACUCCAGCACUUCUGCGUCCCCCAUGCCAUCAGAGGGGAAGUGUGGAGAUAGGGAUGAAAAGAAAGAGUCUGAUUGUAAUAAAAAUGGCACUACGGAUGGGUCUGGCACCACUAGCCACAGCAGGAUAAGCGUGAGUUGUGGUGGAAUUAACGUAGAGGUCAACCAACACCAGGAGACGACGCCUGGCACUAAAUGCACCUCUUCCUCGGACUCCUCGUGUGUAACUUCUGUAUCCUCCGCAUCCGUUCUCGGGUCAGGACUUGUGGCGCCGGUUUCUCCUUACAAACCGGGACAGACAGUUUUCCCUUUGCCUCCUGCUGGUAUGAGCUACCCAGGUAGCUUGGCUGGGGCCUAUGCUGGUUACCCUCAACACUUCCUGCCCCACGGAGGGAGCUUGGUAAACGCACAGCUGGCCAGUUCACUGGGCUGCAGUAAGGCUGGAUCCAGUCCUUUGGCUGGGGCUUCUCCACCGUCCAUCAUGUCAGCCAGCCUUUGCAGAGACCCUUUCUGCCUCAGUUACCAUUGUGCCAGCCACUUAGCGGGCGCAGCCAGUGCUUCCUGCACGCACGAAUCUGCAGCUGCAGCGGCCGCUAACGCCCUCAAAUCCAGCUACCCACUAAUGUACCCGACACACCACAUGCAUGGCGUUCAUUCCUCGGCCCCAUCGUUUACCGGACACCCCCUGUACCCAUAUGGUUUCAUGCUCCCCAACGACCCUCUCCCUCAUGUUUGUAAUUGGGUGUCAGCAAAUGGACCGUGCGACAAGCGUUUCUCCUCAUCAGAAGAGCUCCUGAAUCACCUGAGGACUCACACUGCUUUUACUGGGGCGGAGAAGUUGAUAUCUGGUUAUCCCGGGUCUUCAUCACUGGCCAGCGCUGCAGCAGCGGCCAUGGCCUGCCAUAUGCACAUGCCACCAUCAGGUGCCCCCGGGAGCCCCGGAACUUUGGCUCUAAGGAGCCCUCAUCACGCGCUAGGACUCAGCAGCCGCUACCAUCCGUACUCCAAAAGUCCCCUGCCAAACCCCGGUGGCCCUGUCCCCGUCCCUGCUGCCACCGGCCCUUACUACUCCCCUUAUGCACUGUAUGGCCAGAGACUCACCACAGCAUCAGCGCUUGGAUACCAGUGAGGAAAAACAAUAACUUUGAAAAGUUUAUAGAACUAAGAAUGCAAAUAUAAAGACUUUUAUAUUAACAGCGCUAAAUAUGGGCGGGAUCCGUGGACUUCAACUGUAUUUAUUUAUAUGUCGGCUUAAAAGCAGGCUAAUAGCUGCAAAUGGAAAAUAUUUGAGCAACUCAAAAAGUGCAUUAUGUUAAAACUCUAUAGGUAAAAUGAAAACACACGUUAGAGUACUAAUUAAAGUAGGGGUCUUUAUUUCGAUGUUAAUUUGAAAUUGCUAUGAUUGUAUUUGUUCUUAUUUAAUGUCUCAUGAGAAGAAAAUAAUUUACAUGCAUGUUUGUUACUUAAAUUUCAGAAAUCGUCCACAUUUUAAAUUGCCGUUAUUUUUCAGGUGUACACAUUGGAAAGAGAAUUGGUAUUUUUUUGUAUGUAUUCUGGAAAAAUAAGAAACAAUUCUGUUCCAUAUCUCCGUGUGCCUCAUUUCCUGAAGUAUUAACAUUAUUGGGUGUAAAAUAAUUGUUGAAUUUAUAUUCAACUGACAGUUUUAAAAAGUGGUCUGUUAAAUGAAUGGGGCUAAUAAAUCCUCAUUGAACAUGUCCACAACAUGGGCCUAUAUAUUUUCCAGGCUGUCUUACUUUUUAAAACAAUUCAUUUCUGUCUUAUCAGAAACAUUUCGGCGAGUUGCUGAUUAUGUGCAUCUUUCUUUCUUUCUAUCUUUCUUUCUCUUUCUUUCUAUUAUAUUACUUUAUACGCCAAAUAACUAACUAAGCUUUAAAUGUUUACUUUUAUAAGAGCACAUGUGUUAAAAGUUUAAAUUAAAUGCAACUUAAAUGAGAGUGGGAACUGGUUGUGUGUGUGUGUGUAUGUGUGUGUGUGUGUGUGUGUGUGUGUGUAUGUGUGUGUGUGUCUACAUACACAGGGAUAAACGGGUUUUACAAAGGAAUCUAUGAAAUAAUUUAGUUUGCUGGUGGGUCAAUUUUGUCAAUAAGUUGUUUGAGAUUUUAUUUGACAGGUGUAGACUUAGGUUACUUCACCUGCAAACUGAAAUGUGUGAAAUACGCCAGAAAACGAAAGUUGGACAAGGACAGCUGAUUUUUAUGUGGUU